UCCGGGGCGCGUCGGCCAGUGCGAUAUCGUCAUUCGGCUGAUACGGGCGGGACGUUGUCAUCGGCCUGUCGUUCGCAUGGCGAUCAAACGAGGACGUGCGGUCCACGGUGUUCUCCACGUUAACGUGCACCCAAAAAAUGUGGAAUAAGUAAGCGAGAUAAUGGUGCAAUCAUGAUUCAAGUUGAAAACGAUCCUGAAGAGAGUUCAGCGGCUCGGAUGUUCUGUAUACGCUCUAUACAGCGGUGACACAGCUGUAAAUACAUAAAUUACAAUCAUGGAUAUACAGAAGAAAUUUCUGUGCCCCCGUUUGGUGGAUUAUCUCGCCAUCGUGGGGGCCAGAACGCCCGCAGCCUCUCGUCAGCCCGUACAGGUGCCGGAAUUGUUACGCAGAUAUCCGGUGGAGGAUCACAAAGAUUUUCCUCUGCCUCUGGAUAUGGUGUAUUUCUGUCAACCGGAAGGUUGUAGUAACGUAGGACCGAAACGCACGGCCUUACGAGAGGCAACAUCCUUCACCUUCACUCUCACUGACAAAGAUUCAGGAAAAACGCGGUACGGCAUCUGCGUGAAUUUCUAUCGACCUAUGGAGAGAGCAGGGAUCGUGGCUGGCGGAGGGAUUUCGCUCAAGAGGGAAAAAUACAACACCACUUUUCGAAGGGAAAGCUGGAGGAAGAGCAUGGAGAGAAGCACCGACUCUGCUUUUUCUAGCGACUAUAGGAGCAGUGCGGUAGGUCCUAGUGAUUCUGAGAGAGAUUGCUCCAGCAGCAGAAGGGAUUCAGAUACCCCGCAAGUCCCUCACGCUCCGAGAUUGGAAUUCAUCGCACCGAGCGGAGACAGUGAAAGCGGCGGCAGUCAUUCCCCAUCGCCACGCGCUUCUCGAAGACGUCAGAGAGUUCGCAAUCACUCCUUGACUUCGCUCUGCAUCAUUUCGCAUCAUCCAUUUUUCUCGAUGUUCCGGGAAUGUCUUUUCGUUUUGAAGAAGAUCAUCGACGCAUGCAACGAAAGUUUCUCACCACAAAAAGUGGGAGCUUCUCGACAGACCAACAGAGACACAGUGUGGAGCGUUAUUACGGGCCAGGCUCUGGGGGAUACGCCAUCCAUCGUGCUUCACGACGUUCGCGAGAUUGAGACAUGGAUAUUGCGCUUGCUUAGUAGCCCCGUUCCGGUUCCGGCGAAGACACGCGUCGAGGUCGAAAUAAUAUCACCCAAUGUGCAGCCUCCGUUGUGUUUCGCCUUGCCGGAUCACACCAGGUUCACGCUGGUCGAUUUUCCUCUGCAUCUACCAUUAGAGUUGCUCGGCGUCGACAUAUGUCUGAAGGUUCUCACGUUGAUCCUCUUGGAGAACAAGAUUGUACUUCAGUCUCGAGAUUACAAUGCUCUGUCCAUGUCAGUCAUGGCGUUCGUCACAAUGAUCUAUCCAUUGGAAUACAUGUUUCCCGCGAUACCCUUGUUACCCACAUGUAUGAGUUGCGCGGAACAAUUAUUGCUUGCCCCGACGCCUUUCGUGAUCGGGAUACCCGCGUCCUUCCUGAUGUACAAGAAGAACUUCAAGAUGCCCGAUGAUAUCUGGCUCGUUGAUUUGGAUAGCAAUAAAAUAACGGCGCCCAGCGCUUUGAACGAUGACGGUUUGCCACCGCUGCCGGAACCGGAAGGUACCAUCUUGAAGAAUCAUCUAAAACAGGCAAUGCAACUGAUGGAUCAAGUGGGCUCUAGUGCGAUGGCCAGUUUGACAGGCCCACCAUUGCUCCCGCAGGACAUCUCGUCGCGUCUCACUUUUCAGGCACCAAGUAGAAGAGAAAGCGUGGCAUCGCAUCAUUCCACUUUAAGUGUAGCUUCGACGAAGCACAGGCCAAGCGUCGAUCAGUGCGCGCAUCUUCAGCACACUCCGCUGAAUUCGCCAAGCGUGAGCUCGUCAUCGAGUCCUCCUCGUCGGCCGUCGAUGUCACAAACAGUCGGAGGAUCCGGGCCGACCGGUUCAUAUCCGCUGAAGGCGACCGGACAAAGUUCGGCGCCCUUCAAUCCGUUCAUCUACGGAAACGAUGUGGACUCGGUAGACAUUGCCACGCGAGUCGCCAUGGUGCGAUUCUUCAAUUCGCAGAAUUUGCUGGCCAAUUUCACCGAACACACGCGCACCCUAAGGCUGUAUCCCCGGCCAGUGGUUGCUUUCCAGAUCAACUCGUUUCUUCGCUCGCGACCCAGGAAGAGCAGUUUCCUCAACAAGUUUGCGCGCACGCAGGCGGUCGAGUUCCUGGCCGAGUGGUCUCUAACUCCGAGCAACGUGGCCUUCCUCCGGGUACAGACGGGAGUGUUUGAUCCCGCGCAAAUCGGCGAUAAGCCACGCUGGUACGCCACCAAUCUCGAGCCGAUCUAUUUUCCUGUCUGGGACUCCGGUAGCUCCCUAGCGAACGCCUUGAAGGCGAUGAAGGAGCACGAGAGCCAACCUACGGACGAGAGUGGCUCCGAUUCGGAGGGUGCUGAGAGUACGAGUUCUUCCUAUUCCUCUUUGAGUGACUUUGUCUCUGAAAUGGCAUCGUCUGAUUUAUCACCAGGUUACAAUUGUCCGCAAGCGAGCCAGCCCCAACAAAUGUCACUCUCAGUAGAUCCGAAAAAUGUUUACAAUCCUCCGAGUUCUCUGCAAUAUCCGGGAGUGGAAGAAGAUUCUCCGGUACGACCCGAGAGUCCACCGAGCACUUCUUCUAGUCACAGCGAUUUAAGCAGUCCGAGCUUUAACAGGGAUUCCGAACUUGAAUUAAAUCCGAAAGUUCACGAAGGCUCGCAAUCUACUAACGAUAAAGAGGAAGGUGGUAGCUUUGAGUCAGACUCCGCGUCGACAAUAACACCGCGCACAAUCCUGAGCGCACAAAGUUCGGUAGGACAAUUCACAGGGAUGGGAUCUUUAAGCACUCAAUCUUCGCUCAACGACACUGAACGUCCUGCCGCUCCUCACAGGACCUCGCGUGUCAGUAGAUAUGUCACUCCUGUACCACCUACUGGACCAGGUCUACAACGUCAACCGAGCGUCGGCAAUGUCCUGGCAAGGGCCUCCAGCUUCAGCACCACCGGCGGGCCUCUUCUGCCGCGGCAGAUAAGCGCCGUCUCCGACCAUCAUGAAGCGUCGAUGACGACGAUUCAACUUCAACGUCAGACAUCAGCGGGAUCGCCGAUCUCGCCGAAACAGAACGACGGUAGCUCGGUGCAACGGCAGAACAGCGGCGGCAGCAGUUCUAGCACCAACACCAACACCGGAAACGGUGUUCUUCGACAGGGUUCGCAAGGCUCUCUAUUCGAGCAGAUCGCCAGCCAAGCCAAGGAUUUGGUACGCGAGACCACGAGACAGAGCAGUCAGGACGGACUACUCGCGCACAUGGACAAGCUGAAGCAUCAGGCGAAAGAAAAAAUUACGGAGGCAGGCGAGGAUAGUCUAUUCGCGCCGCUGGAACAAUUAACGCAACAAACUAAGAAAGCGAUGGGCGAGGCCACCAAGUCGGUGCAAGAAGCAUCCAAGACUGCGCUAGAGGCAAGCAAAACUGCUGCGGGUGUUAGUAAAAAUACUUUGGAUGAUUUAACGUACGUUGGCAAGAGCACAUUGGGAGAUUUGACGAAAAGUGCCAAAGAAGUCGCCACAAAGAAGGGUUUGCUCAAGGGUCCCGGAGAACAACAAUCGCCAGUACAUGCACCAUCGUCUCCCAAUAUGACGCAGCAGCGAAAGGAUUCGGUUAGCAAUCAGCUGGUCGCGUCAGAUACGCGGAGCGGUGUCGGGCGAGAUUUUUUCAGCAAUAUUAGUAGCGAUCUGAACGGCUUUGCCGCGCAGACAAGCAGUAUGUUCAGCGAUCUAUUUGGUAGCAAAAAUAAUUCUAAUCGAGGUAGUAGCUUCUUUCCGCAGAAUCAGAAAUCGAAAGAGAAGAUAAAUCCGAUUCUAGUACCAUUUCCUAAAGGUGCGAUUGCAGGAAAGACGGGAUUGGUAGAACGUUCUUCGUUAAUAAAACAUUCUUCGCACAAAGUUAAUCAGGAAGACGCGCAGAGAAUGCAAAAUGCGGAACGUUCUAGUACAAAUAGCGACAAUCAAGCCUUUUUGAACGAUGUGGUGACGCAAGUGUUGGCCGGCGAAGGUGUUGGUUGGCUCAAACUGAACAGAUUGAAGAAGCUAAUGGAGGAUGAAAAUUAUAGAGAUUUGGUCGUGACAAAGCUAAAUAAGGGUCUAAAUAGAAAGAUUAGUCCAGAUGAUCAUAUUGAUGAUGUGCCCAUAUCGAAACCCGUGUAUAAGGGAAUGUUAAAGUGCCUUCAAGCAGUAACGCAUGGUCUUGCGCAUACGUAUAAUAAUUUCGGAUUAGGCGGGAUGGCCUCUGUCUUCCAACUGAUGGAAAUUGCUCACACACAUUACUGGAGCAAGGAUCUGUCCGAAAGUGAUUUCGACAGUUCUUUGAUGUCGCAGGCAUCUAGCCCGUUCGGCAGUAGAGAAAACUUGAAAUCACCUCAAUCUCCGAAUCAACCUGAUUUUAUGGAUAUUACACAAAAAUCAGAAUUGCCGCAGGUGCAUUUGGACACGCCACAAGCACCGCCGACAGGGGACACGAGCCAAUCGACUACGGACAUGUUUUUCGACAUGUUUACGAAGAAGGGGAAAUUUCUAAGCAAACUCACUUCGUUCGAUUCGGAGAGUGGGCGGGGUGGUGGAACGGGAAGCAGCGAAGCUUUAUCCACAGACGGAGGUAGCAUUAUCACUAAUCCUGCUUUUCGGCAAGCGCACCAAGCUUCCUUCCGAAGCACCGUGUCUGAUAGCGAGGUCGAGCAAGGCAAUUUUCCUCGGCAAGGAAAGCAACGUUCCGGCAGUGUUUGGUCCAGCAAAUCAUCUCUGAGUACCGGAUUCCGUUAUCAUGACGGAAGUUUGAUACCUACCACAACUCUACCAAGUCCAGGAACUGCGAGAACGUAUCUCUUCGAAGGUCUGCUUGGAAAAGACAGGUCAUCUCUAUGGGACGAAAUGCAAUUCUGGGAAGAUGCCUUUUUAGAUGCUGUAUCGCAGGAACGCGACAUGAUGGGCAUGGAUCAAGGACCCGGAGAGAUGGUGGAAAGAUAUAAGAGUUUAAGCGAAAGCGAAAGACGACGAUUGGAGCACGAGGAAGAUAGACUAUUGUGCACUUUGUUGCACAAUCUCACCGCUGUUCUGGUGAUGCUGAACGUUGAUAAGAACGAACUGAAGCGAAAAGUGCGUAGAUUAUUGGGCAAGAGUCACAUCGGCCUCAUCUACAGCCAGGAAUUAAAUCUACUUCUCGAUCAAAUAAGUAAUCUCCACGGAAACGACAUCGAUCUGAAGCCUCUGACAUCACGACAAAUGCACCGGCAGUCCUUUACCGUGCAUUCGGGGAUCGACGCUGAGGGUGACCUACGGUUCCUCGAGGUUCGCCACGACGGUCUCGUGCUGAGAUCAGUGAACGGCGUGAUAGUUGAGCGUUGGUGGUACGAACGCAUGGUCAAUAUGACAUACAGCCCGAAGAAUAAGGUUUUGUGCUUGUGGAGGAGAAGCGGCGGCAACACGGAAUUACACAAAUAUUACACUAAGAAGUGCAAGGAUGUCUACUAUUGCAUAAAGGACGCUAUGGAAAAAGCGGCGGCUCGCGGACGAGGCGCGAACGUGGGCUACGAACUCGGCGGCGAGUUUCCGGUGCAGGACAUGCGAACGGGCGAAGGUGGACUCCUGCAGGUUUGCAUGGAAGGCGUCGGUCUCCUCUUCGCGAACAGCAAGGAUUUCGAGUUUUUUGUAAGACUCGAUCAUAUCCGCAAGUGCUUUACUCAAAAGGAUGGAAUCUUUGUUUUGGAAGAAUUCAAUCCUAAAACUAGACAAGUAAUUCAACGUAAAUAUAAGUCGCAAAUGGCAUCUGAUAUCUGCUAUGCUGUUUUGUGCGUAUUUUCUUACGUGGCUGCUGGUUCGGAGCAACGAAAGCAACAACAAGGUCAACAGCAACCAUCUCAACAGCAGCACAUACAACGCCAACAUCAUCAACAACAACAACAUCAUCAUCAUCAACAACAGCAUCAUCAACAACAACAGCAUCAUCAUCAACAACAACAGCAUCAUCAACAACAACAACAACAGCAUAAUCAACAACAACAACAGCAUCAUCAACAACAACAACAGCAUUAUCAACAACAGCAGCAACAGCACACUUUGCAUCCGAAUGAACAGCGUCAGCAACAGCAACAGCACUAUCAAGCCCGGCAUCCCUACCAACAACACAGACAAGAGCAACCCCAAUCGAGCAAUGUAACAACCCAAAUGCACAAAAAUAUGCAACUAGACCCUUAUCCUCGUCAACAUUGACGCAGGCAAAGACACUCGCUUCCCUUCGUUAGCAUUCACGGCAAAAAUAGUUGCGCCCCUUACGCCUGUUUACCCUGGGUAUAAGUGCGCUAUCCUUCUCAGAAAUUAUUUGAAGAUUCGAUUGAAUGUGAGCAAAAUAACGGUGAUGUUAUAUUUUUUUCGAAGAAAUAUUUUCUUCUUUGCGCCGUAGCAAUGCUCUUCCUUUCCGGAAUUGAAAUCACUUUGUGAAAAAUUGUAGUAACUAAGAACAUGAAAAAAAUCAUAUCUAUCCUUCGUUAUAAUUCGUUAAUAUCAGACUUACGGUGCGAAUUUUUAUUCGAAGUUAGUCUUGUGUAGUCAAUGUGAUAUCUAUGAUAUUCUUGUAUUCACUCGCAUACACGAUAUGCGUCACCUAAAGCAAUUCAAUACAAUAAUUAUUCGUAAUUGGCGGUACAAUUUUGUAUAAUACGCCGCAUACAGAGAUUGUAUUUAUGAUCGUUCGCGACGAUAAAAAAAUAUUUAUUUUAGCUCGUAUCGAAGUGAGAAUGGUUGAUGUUAAUUAAUAAACGUUGCGCGAACUUUUUAGUUAUCGCAUACGGAAUUAAUUCUAUCGUUUUUUGGGUACUUGAACUUCAUAACUGAAACAUAGACAAGUGGCUUUAUCCGUUCACUAUCUCUCUUUUUUUAUGUUAAGUCUGUAAUCGAAUUUAGUCGGAGUGUUAUACUCGUUUUAUUUAAGUUGAAAUGUACUGAAAUAUCGCAAUGUUAGAGAAAAACUGUUGUGCGUAAGAUGUGUAGAAAAACAUACUGUCAUUCUAUAUCUUGAAUAACUUGCACGGUGGUCAUUCUUUUAUACGGUUUCGAAUAAAGAAGAAAAAGAAUCUUUCUCGAUAGCUCGUAGAGCUCGUUUUAGGAUACAUGUAAUGUUUCCAAAGUUCUAGGCCUUAUAUGUAAUAUAAUGUAAUUGUAAAAAGAAGGCUCUCGAAAUCUAAGAUGAUACAUCUCUGAUACCGUAAAGAUUUACAUCCUGCGUUUUCCUACGAGUCAUUAGUUAGGCAAUCGGAAAUUGCAUCAGCAACGAAAUCGCGAUUCCAAAUCGCUAGUCGGAAUCGACACUAAGAGUGCGAAAUAUUUCUCACGGAAAUAAAUACUAUAUUUUUUUCUUUGCCGCAUUUUUCAAUAUUCGUUAUGUUAGAUAUAUACGCGUAAAAAGACAAAUAUAGAAGAAACGAACGACCAGCUUAGGAAAAAGGAUAUGUACACUAGUCGCAAACUCAGCGUGAAAUAACCGUAGCGUACGUUACACACAAAUAUCAGAAGAAAUGAUAUAUUUUCUUGUAACGUAUAAGAAGCGUAUAGAUAUUUGUAAAAAGGUAUAGGAUGUUUGUAAAUAAUAAUUGGCGAUAUAGUAAACGGUACGACCAGCAUCCCUUUUUAUUUCUCGUUUUUUAAUACGAUUAUACAUAUUAGAGCUCGUUCAUCAGCUGAAUUGGAGAGAAGUAUAUUUCUAAGAAUAAGAGAGAGCGAGAGAAAGUGAGAGAGAUGUUAUCUUCUAAACAUCUGAAAAAAGCAUAUGUACACGACCCUUGGUACCAAAUUUGUCUGAAUCCCGAUGUUUAGAAGUUCCGUCGUCAAUGCCACGUUUAAACGAUACGUCGAUCGAUCAUAGUCAUUCCGAGAUAUAUCACGAUUAAAAGAACUUUAGACCUCUAGAAGAGAAAUUAAUACCUCGCAUUGUAUAGUAUUCAUCCAUGUAGACGCCUUAUACCCAAAAUAUACUUGUAGCCAAAUCGA